AUGGAGAUGCAGCUGAACAUGCCGCAGAGCGAGGUCAUAUGCGAGUUGAUGGAGGUGAUCGAGACCGAUAAGAAUUAUUACGUGGCCAUGGAGAAGGUGGACGGCCAGGAUUUGUUCGAGACGAUGAUGCAGGAGAACAUCCGGCACGUCGACGCCCGGGAGAUUGUGAAGCAGAUUUUGUUGGCCCUGGACAUCUUGCACAGCGCCGGUCGCAUCCACAAGGACCUCAAGCUGGAGAACGUGAUGGUAGACAUGGACUCUCCAAAGGUGAGAGCGUCAGGAAGCGUGAUCUCCGAGGGGUCCGUGGUGUCGCUCAAGUCCGCCGACAGCAUAGCCAGCCCCGUCAGUGCCAAGCUGAUCGAUUUCGACACGGUCGAGAACUGGGAGCCCUCAAGCCCGAAGUCCAAGGACGUCCUCGGGACCGAUGGCUACAUCGCCCCAGAGGCCUACCUGGGCAUCUACUCUCCCGCCUCGGACAUGUACUGCGUCGGCGUCAUCAUGUACAAGCUGCUCACCAAGAGGUUCCCUUCGCGCAAGGACAUGUUUGACGACAAGCCCGGUGAGAACUAUGUGGGGAGCCCUGCCAUGAAGCGAAUCUACAACCGGCUGAAGGUGACGCCCAUGGACUUCUCGCGCUCGCCGCUGGACAAGUGCCCGGUGGCCGCGGCCUUGCUGAAGGCGCUGCUGGCGUUCGACGGGUCUCAAAGACCGACGGCCAGCCAGGACCGCGCAGCUGCUCGUGCCACGGAGAAGUGA